AUGGCUGAUCCUGUCGCUGAUUUUCUCGCUCGAGAACAAGAUCUCCUUGCUGAGAUUGAUGGUGUCGCAGCUCCUGCUGUGCCUCUAAAUCCGCCAGCUCCUCCUGCAGAGGACUUUGGUGGAUUGAUGGGACCUCAAUCCGUUGGAGGAGGAGAUUCAGGCGUUGAUUUGGCUGGUAUGGAUUACCAGGGCACUCCUCCGGUUCCACUGGUCAAUGGUACGGGCGUGAAUAGUCAUCACUCAGCUGCAAGUUCGAAAGGAACUUCUCCCGUUCCCUCUGUACCACGUAUCGAAGCUGAGAACAUACGCAGAUGGCGUGAACAACAGAAGAUUCUUCUCGAAAAGAAAGACGAGGCAGAGGAAAAGAAGAAGAGUGAACUACGUAAUACAGCAAAGAAGGAGUUGGAAGAUUGGUACAAGCAACGUGAAGCAGCUCUCAAACUAACAAAAGAGGCGAACAGGAAAGCGGAGCAGGAGCAUUUGGCAGCCUUCGGUCGUGAACAAGGGGAAGGGGCCCAGUGGGAUGAAAUUGCGCGACUUUGUGAGGCAAAAGCUCAGAAAGGUGGAAAAGACGUUAGCCGCCUGAAAAGUCUUCUACUGCACCUCAAGGAUCAGAAUCAGAACAAUCGCAAGUAA